AUGCAGUGCCAUAGUCGUUCGCUUCUUCUGCUCUCACUCGUAUUCUGCGGGCUUGCAGCUGCACAAGGGGAGAUGUUCAUGCCGCAGUCAAGUUCGUCUGCUUCUGGGGGAUCAAGCAUUCAAGGGGCAUAUCUUCCUCUUCCUCGUGGAUGGGAAGUUGGGCCAGGAAGGCAUCUGUUCCAAUCAUCCAUGUGCAAGGACGAUUGGAGGCCCAAGGUGAAUCAGGCAGUCGAGAGCAGUCUGCAAAAUAUUGGGAAGACAAUGAAGAGCAUGGAAAGUUUCCUCUUCGGCGCAAUUGGAGGAGCAGCUGGGCUCGCUGCUUUGUACCCUGGGGAUGCGGUGAAGAUGAGGAUGCAGGCAGCAGGCAGGGCUGCGGGACGCGCUCAGUUUUUUCCCACCAUGCUCAAUGUCAUCAAGAACGAGGGAAUCCCUGGAUUGUAUAAGGGUCUUGGUGGUACAGUGUUGGUGGUUGCCCCUGAGAAGGCAACGAUGUUUGGCUGCAAUGCUGUGGUGAAGAAGACGUUCAGUGGGUAUGAAGACAGCAAGGGCAGGAUUCAGAUGCAGCUACUCAGCCAACAGAAAGCUGCCGUCAACAAUCCGAUGGCUGUCGUGAAGAAGCUCGGCGUUUCGGGCCUGUACAAGGGGGCGUCAGCUACCAUGUUGCGAGAAGUUCCUUUCGCUGCUCUAUACUUCACACUGUACAGCCGGAUAAAGGCCAGCAUGCUUGGCGAUCGUGAUACACUCGGUUUCUUGGAGACGCUUGGAGCGGCAACAGUCUCUGCCCUUCCUGUUUCCUUCAUUACCACGCCAGCAGACGUGAUCAAGACCAGGAUGCAGGCUGCUGCUGGCUCGGGGGCGCGAAUGUCGAUUGCAUCGACGUUCAGCAAGAUCGCAGCGGAGGAAGGCUUCAAGGGGUUCUUUGUAGGCGUCAAGCCGAGAGUCAUGCUGAAGGCUCCACAGCUGGGAGUAGCAUUGUUUGUUGUUGAGGUUUUGACAGGCCUUUCCAACGGGAAAUACCACCUCCCGACCCUGCACCCGCCGCAUGUCGCUGCCGAACCCUUGUGA